AUGGCACUUUUUCUCCCCUCGCCGGUCUCUCUCAUCUUCUUCUUGUUUCUGGUCGGCGCCGUGGCCCUUCCAGUCCACCCAAGGCACCAUAUGGCGGCGACCCACAACUACCGAGAUGCCCUCACCAAGUCCAUCAUCUUCUUCGAAGGGCAAAGGUCGGGCCGGCUGCCCCCGAGCCAGAGGCUCAAGUGGAGGAGGGACUCCGGCCUCUCCGACGGCUCCUCCAUGCACGUAAGAGCUGCCGAACUCUCCUUCCCCCUCGCGUUUUGAACGGCGUCGGAGGCUCAUCUGGGACAAUGCAGGUGGACCUUGUCGGUGGAUACUACGACGCGGGGGACAACGUGAAGUUCGGGUUCCCCAUGGCGUUCACCACCACCAUGCUGGCGUGGAGCGUGGUCGAGUUCGGCGGGGUGAUGAAGGGGGAGCUGCAGAAUGCAAGGGAAGCCAUCCGCUGGGCCUCCGACUACCUUCUCAAAGCCACCGCCCACCCCAACACGGUCUACGUCCAGGUGGGCAUCAUCAUCCAUUGAUAACUAAUCUCCAUAACUCUGUUGUUUUUGUUUGUUUUACCAUGCAAAUGAUCGUCUAUGGCGGGGUUUCCUCGGUAGUUUUUCAUGCCAAUCCUGGUCCGUGUUCGUGUUCUUGCUGGGUUUCUUCCUGGUUCUGUAUCCCUCGUUUCUCACUCUUUCCCCCAGAGAGUGGUUGGGUACAAUGAGGGUGGAGGAAAUGGCGAACGAUGGAGAUGGUAUGGAGGUGAUGCGAAGGGACUGAGCUUCUUCUGUUUUAGUUCUGCAGGUUGGGGAUGCCAACAAAGAUCACGCGUGUUGGGAGAGGCCGGAGGACAUGGACACGCCGAGGACCGUCUUCAAGGUCGACCCCAGCAACCCAGGCUCGGACGUUGCCGCGGAGACCGCCGCCGCUCUAGCCGCUGCUUCCCUGGUGUUCCAAAAAACCGACCCGGCCUACUCCAAGCUUCUCCGCAGGAGGGCCAUCAGCGUACGAUAAUCCACCUUCUCGCACCGGCCAAAAGCUCUUCCUUUCAUUUCUGCGGACGCCGGCUGCUAAUGCGAUGGAAUCUUACAGGUAUUCGAGUUCGCGGACAAGUACAGAGGCCCCUACAGCAACGGGCUGAAGUCUGCUGUGUGCCCCUUCUACUGCUCGUACUCCGGCUAUCAGGUAUCCUCGGUCUCUCUCUAGAUUGAUGAACCUGGCCUGUUUUUCCGAUUGUUGUCGACCUUCUGAGCCGCAUUCCUUGAAACUUUGUCUCUGGGGACUCGCUCAACGAAGGAUGAGCUGCUGUGGGGAGCGGCAUGGCUGCAUAGGGCCACCCGGGACCCGGCGUACCUCAGCUACAUCCAGGUCAAUGGUCAGACCCUCGGUGCUGAUGAGUCCGACAGCAUCUUUGGCUGGGACAACAAGCAUGUUGGGGCGAGGAUUCUCCUAUCCAAGGUCCUCCUUUUACCUCCGUCUUCAUGUCUCUGCUUCUUCUUCCUCUUCUUCUGUUUCCGAUGAUCAUCCUCUUCGAUCUCUGUGGCAGGCCUUCCUCGUCCAGAAUGUGAAGUCUCUCUACGAAUACAAGGGCCAUGCCGAUACCUUCAUCUGUUCUCUUGUACCCGGCACACCCUUCUCCCAGACUCAAUACACGCCAGGUCUUUCCCUCUCUUUCUCUGAUUGAUUGAUGUUCUUUGCCAUUGUUUAUAUUAUCUGAUGUUUUUCUUUUUUCUUUUUUUUGGAUCCAGGGGGCUUGCUGUUCAAGAUGAGCGACAGCAACAUGCAGUACGUGACCUCCACCUCCUUCCUCCUCCUGACGUACGCCAAGUACCUCACCUACUCCGGCAAGGUAGUCUCCUGUGGCGCCGCCACCGUGACACCCAAGACGCUCCGCCGCAUCGCCAAGCGGCAGGUGGACUACAUCCUCGGCGAUAACCCCCUGAAGAUGUCCUACAUGGUGGGCUACGGGAGCAGGUAUCCGGAGAGGAUCCAUCAUCGGGGAUCGUCCCUGCCAUCGGUGGCGGCUCAUCCGGCUAAGAUCCCCUGCUCCGCCGGGUUCAGCCUGAUGAACUCCGGCACGCCGAACCCGAACGUACUCGUCGGCGCCGUCGUCGGCGGGCCGGACGUUAAGGACCGGUUUCCCGACCAGCGCUCCGACUACGAGCAAUCCGAGCCGGCCACCUACAUCAAUGCCCCCCUCGUCGGAGCCCUCGCGUACCUGGCUCACUCCUCCGGCCAGCUCUGA